AUGGACUCUGUAAAUUCCCAACUUUGUAUCCGAUUCAACCAAGACGCCACCUGCUUUGUUCAAGGCACAAACUCUGGCUUUAAAAUCUUCAACAGCUGCCCUAUAAAAUUCUGUUUCAAAAGAGGUGAAUUUUUAUUUAGAUCUCUAUGGAGGAAUUGGCUUUGUUGAGCUUUUAUAUCGCUCUAAUAUUUUAGCAUUAGUCGGUGGUGGGAACUCCCCUCGUUUCCCAAUUACAAAAGUAAUAAUCUGGGACGACCACCAAAUGAGGCCGACAGGAGAACUUUGUUUUAGAGAAGAAGUCAAAGGUGUUAGAUUGCGACGGGACCGAAUUAUUCUCUAUUUCAUUAAUUUUCUCUAAAAAUCCCUAAUUUUUUAUUUUUUUUAAUUAAAUUAAAAAAGAAUAUAGUAAUUUUAGACACAAAAAUUUACGUUUAUAACCUUCAAGACCUAAAAAUGCAAGAUCAUAUAGACACUGCGCCAAAUCCUAAAGCACUUUGCUGUGUAUCUAAUAAUAGCAGUAGAAUUGUACUGGCAUGCCCUGAUAAAGAAAGAGGUAAAAUCAGAGUCAAUAUUUAUAAUGAAGAAAGAAGCUUGGCUAUACAAGCUCAUGAAAGCGCUAUAUCUUGUAUUAGUUUAAACCCUGAAGGGACUCUAGUAGCGACUGCUUCAGAUAAAGGAACUCUUAUAAGGGUUUUUAACGUAGAAACAGGGGAUAUUAGGCAGGAGCUGAGAAGAGGCAUUGACAGAGCUGAAAUUUAUUGUUUAGCUUUCCAUCCAGACUCAAAUUGGCUGGCUUGCAGCAGUGAUAAAGGCACAAUACACAUAUUUUCAAUAGGAGCCCAAAGACCUCAGAACCCGAGAUCGAAUUUUUCCUUUAUGAAGCGGCUAUUACCAAAGUAUUUUGACUCAGAAUGAAGUUUUGCACAGUUUAGGGUUAAAAAUGUAAGGACAUUGUGCGCUUUUAUAAAGGAAGGGAAUAAAAUUGUGUGUAUAAAUGAUGAAGGAAGUUAUUAUUUAGUCAGCUUUAAUGAAGAAGAAGGAGGGGAUUGUGUGGUAGAUGAACAGCAUCAGCUAGUUGACCUUGAAGUUUAG